GGCGGGCCGGGGGCGAUGGAGGAGCCGCCGCUGUGGGUCGGGUUCGUGGGCGCGGGGAGGAUGGCCGGGGGGCUCGCCCGGGGGCUCCUGCAGGCGGGGAAGGUCCCGGCCGGCAACAUCCUGGCCAGCGCUCCCUCCGAUAAAAACCUGGAAGUUUGGAGGGAGUUGGGGUGCAGGACCACGCACUGCAACCUGGAGGUGGUGCAGAGGAGCACCCUGGUCUUCCUGGCCACCAAACCCCACGUGCUCCCGGGGGUCCUGGAGGAGAUCCGGCCUGCCGUGGGCACCCACCACAUCGUGGUCUCCCUGGUGGCCGGAGUCACCAUCCAGACACUGCAGAGGCUGCUCCCGCCCUGGACGAAGGUGCUCCGGCUGAUGCCCAACCUGCCGUGCGUGGUGCAGGCGGGCGCCAUGGUCUUCUCCCGGGGCAGCAGCGCCGGCGACAAGGAAUCGGCUCUCCUGAAGAACCUCCUGGCGUCCUGCGGGCUCUGCGAGGAGGUUCCCGAAUCCUACAUCGACAUCCACACCGGCCUCAGCGGCAGCGGCGUGGCCUACGUGUACCUGUUUGCCGAAGCCUUGGCCGAGGGCGCGGUGAAGAUGGGAAUGCCGGGAGCCUUGGCCGGCAGGAUCGCGGCGCAGACGCUGCUGGGCGCUGCCAAGAUGCUGCUGGAGACCGGGGAACACCCGGCAAAGCUGCGGGCGGACGUCUGCACCCCCGGGGGCACCACCAUCCACGCGCUGCACCAGCUGGAGAAGGGAGCGCUCCGGGCCACCGUCAUGAACGCCGUGGAGGCGGCCACCAACCGCGCCUGGGACAUGGCCAAGGACUAGUUGGCCCGGCUCUUGUCCCAGGAAAGGGUGAUGGGGACCAAAACCGGCCUCUUCCAGGAGAUCCCGACACCCUCGGGAGAAGCUGGAGGGGGGGUGGGAAGGUGGCGUCGGGCACGUGUUACCUCAGCGGGGCCGCGGGCAAAUAAACGUGGGCACACGUGGCUCCUC